CUGUACUUUUUUUUUUCAUGAAUGUGAAUGAGUCACAGUGUGUGUCAUGGCCCAUAUACUAUAAAGGAGAACCCUUUCACUAGUCCAAAUGUUAGUGGAGUGAUUUGUACACUGUGUUUACUACUUUUUUCUGUUUUUGGGAUUAUCAUGAAACUGUCACUUGACUGCACCUUUCUCCUCAUCUUCUUGAUGACUUGCGUUGAGCUCUUCGUCACAGCUCGUCCCACUAAUAUACCACAAGGAAAAAACGGUCUGCAGAUGCUGCAACAAGAAAUGCGUACGCUAUUCAAAAUAGUAUCUGAAGAAAAGCAAAGGAAUAAGUUGUACGACUUUGAACAAUCGCUCACAUCCCUGCCCCCGUUGAACUUCAGCACAGAAGACCUGAAAUCACUCGAGAUGAGCAGUACCUUAGCACAGCUGUACUCUGGUCUUAAAUCCUUCAAGUUCCAUCUUGACUGGAUCCAGCAGAAAGAAGACGAAAUGGGGAAUGAUUUUUCUAUGACAAAGAAGAUCGCUCAUCAUAUCCAAACCAUUAGCCACAAGGUGCUCACACAGAUUGGGGCACCACCUUCUGAGCUCGUCCACCCUUCCCUGCCUCCUCUGAAGACAGCCUGGAGCUUGUUCCAGGCCAAAGUGGAGAUCCACGAGAAACUGUACCACUUUUGCAACUGGUACUUUAGAGCACUGGCAGUCCUGAGACACAGACAACAGUGAUCAUACAACAUCAUAUGACACCAGUAGCCCUCAGGUGAGGUCAACAGGCAUCGUGGUAGCAUCAUCUGACUUGCCUUAAUGUUUGAAGGGAUGGAAUGAAUGUUCCAGCCUUUGUAAGUCAUCUUCCAUUUUGACAGUCCAUCAGUUAACAUUUCCUAUGUGUGAUGUUGUUUUUUAAUAUUAUUAAUAAGUUAUGUAUUUAAUAUUUAUUGAAUUGAGUUCUAUGUUUACAAUGAAGGAUUUUUUUAUACAUCGAGUAAAUGAGAAAAAUAGCACUUUAUUAAGUCAGAUAUUAAGUGUCUCAUUUCAAAAAGAAAAUUUGUAUGCAAAAUCAGCUGCAGGCAGUUGCUAAUAAUGACCAAUAGGUGUCGCUAUAAUGUGUGUAAUAAUGACCAAUAGGCGUUACUGUGGUACAAUUGUGAAGUUCAGAACCUGCACUGCUUUAUUUAUUUUUGUUGAAAGUUAGUAAUUUUGUCAAAAUGUAGUGAAUCAACAUGCUUGUUAAACAACAUAGCUAUCAUUUAGGGUUAAGAUUAGACUAUUUGUUUGACAGGAAUGUUGACCAUUGAUGUAAAUCCAGUAACACGGCCUAUACUUGUAAAAUCACUGUAAAAAAUGACUGUGAUUUUAAUGGUAAAAGAAUGUAAAAAUGCUACGGUGAAAAAACAGUUUUCAUACUAUAUACGGUGAAAAACUGUAAUAGAUCUAACAGAACAUUUCAUUUCAUUUUACGGUAAAAUACUGUUAAAUUGACAGUUUUGGAAGUGAAAAAUAGCAAGUCACUGUAUAAUUUACAAUAAAAAACAACGUAAAUUUACAUUCCCACAAUUCCCUGCGUGACACUUCACAUUUGAUGUAUUUUCGUUUAAAUAACUGUUCCUUCUUAGUUUUUUCUAAUCAGUUAUGUACAUUACGGUUUUAUGUUACAUCUAAUGUUAAUGUUUAUUGCAUUUUUAAAAUUUCAUGUGUGUUACCAUGAUGGUGUUUAGUGUUUGUGUGAAUGACACUGAGCACCUUCUAUACAUUAGUAUUGUCCUUCUCAACUUGUGGAAAAGCUUUGAUUCAUCAUGUGAUUCUCAUCACCACUGUGUUUGGUGGUUGUCAGUGUGUUACAGAGAUACAAAACAGAUAUUAGUACUUCAAUAGGUUGGUAAAUUAACAUUAUAUCAGUUAAUGAAAUAUGUUUUUUUUACUGUAAAUUUAGCGGAAUUUUUUACAGUAGUAAAAUAAACAGUUAUGAACCGUAAUUACAAUAUAAACUUUUAAAUUAUACGGUUUGGGACCGUAAAAUAGUGCUGUCCUGUAAAACCUAAAACGUUGCUACCGUAAAUUCUGGCAACCACAGCAGCCAUUAUUUUACCGUUAAUUUUAAGGGGAUUUUUUUUUUUUUUUUUUUUUACAUUGGAUGAAAAACAACUUAAAGCUUCAUUACGUAUCUUAAAAUGCACUCACUACCUGUAAAUUGUAUUUAUUCGCUGCGAUUACAUAUUUAUUCUAAAUGAAAAGUUACUCAAGUGCCACCAUAUUGCAGAGAUGCACUGAAAAGUUGAAAAAAGAGGCCUUACAUUACUUGAAUCCCUCAUAAACAAUGCCAAAGCCUUUUCAUUUUAACAGACGACUUGUAGAGAGAGGAAAACAUAUACAGUGUUUACAAUUUAAAGAAAUGGUGUUCAUAUUGGAACUUAAAUUCACUCUGAUUGGACUUUGCAAGCCCAAUGAGAUGGAUGCUUUGGUAGAGUCCUGGAUGUUAUUUGUAUUUUUUCAUACUUUUUUUUAUAUAUAUCUAUAUAUUUAUUUUUUGUAUUUAUAUGUUUUAUUUGAUUAUUUAAUUGUCUGUUUUCUUUCAAUAAAAUGAUUUUGCAUCAAACAAAAUCGAAGAGCUUUUU